AGUAAACUGCAUCCCACUUUCGUUUUCUAAAUUGUGAAUAUGUGUUUAAAUGUUAUGGAUUUUUUCAAAAACUUUUACGAGAUCCUAACUAAAGAUAUUAAGGAACCUGAACGUAACUGGUGUGAUUUUAUACUAGAAGAUGAACCCUUUACAUUUUUGGCGUUCACUCUCGUUAUAACCAUCACAUUGUCAACAAUCUAUUCCCUGUAUAUUAAAUAUAAAAAAUCUAAGCUGCAACGUAUAACAGUUGAGAUAGCACUGCAGACUUCUGCUGAUGAGAAUAUUGGUGAAAAUAUUGGUGAAAAUGUUGGAGAUCGUAAUAUCGUACUUAAUGGUAACCGUGGGACUCUUGAGGCAGAUACUGUUCGUACCAAUCAAACAAGAGCAAAUUCUAUAAUUAACCAGGUAUUUGAUCCUUCUCCUAUCGCUUCUGUUAGUCUGAACAGCAAUGUUUUGAACUACACUGAUCGUGUCAAUGCUAGUGAUCAUGAUGCCAAUUUAAGUGGUAGUAGCGCAGUUCAAGGGGUUAGUACUGUUGAUGGAAUUCAAAGCAAUGCAAAUAAGAGCAGCGGAUAUAAGUUCUAUUUCAACGCUAUAACAUUAAUGUUGAUGUUAUAAAAAGGCAGAAUUGAUGACAACUUCUACGAUUAUA